UGGUAACAGGUCGAAUGGAGCUGCUGUUGCAGUUACCGUAGAUAGCCGAUCCCCGAUUCGGAUCUCAAUGGUAAUCAAUUAGUAAGCAGCGAUUGUAAAUUAGCAAACGUUGACAGACAGUCCCGGCCCGCUUAUCGCCCAGGGCUCAUGUCAAGGGCUAUCGGUGCGCCCUGAGCCGGCAGUGACAGUGGCUGUGGCAGUGGCAGUGGCAGAGGCCGAGGCAGAGGCAGAGGCAUCGACGUCGGCAGAGGCAGAGACACCGACUGCAGCACUUGGGUCUCUGAUAGAGGCCGUUGUCAUUAUUCGCUCGCAUCUCAGACGUCCAGCAACGGUCCAGCUGAGCGGACGGACGAUCCCAAGUAUUAUUUAUAAUGUUCCCGCUGCUGAAUCGCUCGGUCUUCGUGGUCUGCCGCUGCUGCCUGGUGGAGCAGCCGGCGCAGUGCCACAGCAUUUGUGACAAUAAUCAGCUAAGCAUCGAGCUGCUCGCCCUGGCGCCCAAUCUACAGAUUGUGCCCAGCGAUGUCAUAUGUCAGCUGUGCCUGCAUCGUCUGCACGACGCCCUCGAGUUCCGGGAGCGCUGCGAGGAAUCUGAACGCAUCUUACGUGCCCGGCACGAACAGGCACUGGACGAUGCACUCGAGUGCCUCGAGCGCGAAGUCGGCUGCCUGGAGCAGGCCAAAUCAACGUCCAUUCCCACAUCACAGCUGGAGCCGGUCGACUUCGCUGUCAUAGAAACAAUUGCUCAAGAACUAACGUGUUUCUCUUACCCGACAGGUUCCAUGGAUUUGUCGGAUUUGUUUCGGUCCACUUACGAGCAGCCAGAGACGACAUUUGCCAGCUGGGAUGCCGGGACACUGAACACGCCCAUCCAUUUGCCCGCCACGCUGGAGCAACUGGAGGCCAACAAUGCGCCCGCGGAACAGCAGCAGGGCGGCAGAGCGGACAGUAUGCCAGCGCCAGUUGAUGUGCCCAAGCGCAAGAGGGCGCCACGCAACAAGGCGGGGGCAACAACAGGUGGCGCGUCGCGUAGCAGGACACCAAAAUCGCUGCGUCCGUGCAGCGAGUGUGAGAAGAAAUUUACGCGUAACUUUCAGCUGAAGUUGCACAUGAUAUCGGUGCACGGCCUGGGCGAUGGGCUGCGCUAUGAGUGCGAGGUGUGCUCGAAGAGUUUCGCAUCGCGUCACAGCCUGCGCUAUCAUUUCACAUCGCUGCACUCGACGGAACGACCAUUUGCCUGCGAGCUGUGCGAUCGGCGUUUCGUGCUGCGCACCCAACUGAUCUCGCACGCCCGCAUGCAUACGGGCGAAACGAAGCCGCGCAUCUUUGACUGCGGCGUCUGCGGCAAAACGUGGCCAACCAAAUCGGAUCUGCGCACCCAUAUGCGUUCCCACGAUCCCGAUAUGUCCAAGCGACCGUAUAAAUGUGAUAAGUGCAGCAAGGCCUUCUUCACGCGGGGCCACCUCAACUCGCAUCAUUUGGUCCACACCGGCGAGAAGCCAUAUGCCUGCACCUACUGCGACAAGUCCUAUCAGAGCGUUGGCAAUCUCAACAAUCACACUCUGCGACAGCAUUCGAAUAUUAUUGAGGCGCGGCUGAAUCUCAAAUACACAGACUCCAUGGAUAUUGAGACCUAGUGUGCGAUUCAAGCUCCAAAAAUUAGCUUUUUUUUUAAACUAAGAAAAUAUUAAUAAACAAAAUUCCUUCCUAAAAAAGUUAGCUAAUUCAAUGACUAGCAUCUACAUUUAAAAAUUAGCUAAAUUUAAAU